AUGGUGGGCCACCAUCUUCCCAGGAGCAGUUUAGGCUCCACUUCAAUGAGCUUGGUGGUUACUGAUGGCCAUCGUGGGGCAGAGAAGCUGGUGGUGUCAAUGCAAUGCGAGGACCCUUUCAUAACUAAGGAUGAAGAACCAGGCACUUACAGGCCUUAUGAUCUUGGAGAAGAAAUGGGAGUCUGGGUGAACAACUCCGAUGGCACAACUCCUGCUGUUGGAAAGGCCUGGCCCCCCGGAGACUCGGUGUUUCCUGACUACACCAACCCCAGGACAGUUGAAUGGUGGACCCAGAUGUGUCUGGAAUUUAAGGAUGUUCUUGACUAUGACGGGAUCUGGAUUGACAUGAAUGAACCGUCCAGUUUCUUAAGAGGCCAGUAUCCUGGAUGUGCUGUUAAUGAUAUCAAUAACCCUCCCUAUGUUCCUAGCAUUUCUGAUCGUUCCCUGGCGCAAAAGACGUUGUGUCCUGACUCCAAGACUUACCUGGGAGCGCACUAUAACACGCACUCUCUCUUCGGCUGGUCACAGACAGCAGCAACCUUCCA